UACGGAAAUCUGGUAUGGACGAAGAGCAGCCGGCAAUACCACGCAAAAAAGAUAAGCCCACAAUUGUUUAUGAGGAGGUAGAUACUGUAACGUCCCCCAAAAGGGGCAAGCUCUCGAUGGGGAAAUCGGCCAUCGAAAAGGAGAGCCCAAUCGGCGCACGUAAAGACAUUCAAGAAUCGGAACAACGCGAAAAUAUAAGUGAAGAGGGAAUAGCUGUUACAUCACCUAGAAAGGGCAAGCCUUCAAAAAAGAGAGGGUUUGCUCGGAAGACGAGUACGGCGUUACUGCGUAAAAGAAGUUCAGAUACGCGACGGUUAGAAAAUUUAGUUGACGAC